AUGGGUUCAGUCGGCAGCUUUCUCUUCGUAUACCUCCUCGGCGGACUCACCUUCUUCCCUCUAGUCCUGUCGCUGGUCUUCCUGUUUAUCUACCUCUCCCUCCCGGAUACUCCGACUUCACCAUCUCACAAGCAACAGAAACAACAACCGCAAUGCGAACAAGCGCGAGAUCGAGACCUCCUCCACCGCCCUACCGAUGACCAAGACAGCCUCAAGUCCGGGACGGAUGCACUGGCCGAGGAGUUCCAUCGAACACAUGAAUCAGAUGUCGCGGCUGGUUACUUUGCCGUUUGUCGCGAGUAUGUCCCCGGUGGAGUCAAUGGGAAACCGCCAGAGCGGACUACACCGGCUGGGGAGGUGAUCGCCGCGGAGAGUCCCAGCGUCUAUCAGACUAUGUACCGGAGUUUGUUUGAUAGAAAGCAGACACCGAGUAUCGAGCCGGCAAAGACGACUGGGAAGAGUGGGAAGAGGGCUAGGAAUGUGUUUUAUAUUGUUCUUCGGCAUGGCCAUCUUAUGCUUUAUGAUGAUGCGAACCAAGUCGAAGUGCGGUAUGUGAUUUCGCUUGCUCACCACGAUGUGAGCAUCUGCGGCGGUGAGAAAGAGGAGAAGAUCCCCGAAGGCGAGCUCUGGCUGAAGAGAAAUGCUGUCUGUCUCUCGCGACGACUGGAAUCCCUUGGUGAUCUGGGUGGUCCGACGCCUCCGUUCUAUUUAUUCUCGGAGAAUCUGUCGGAAAAGGAGGACUUCUACUUUGCCUUGCUUCAGAACCAGGCAAAGAUGUGGGAUCCGGAUAGUAGGCCACCCAAGUGCCAGCAAUUCGAUACCAGGCAUAUUGUCACACUCGUCCAGCGGUUGCAUUCCUCAGAGGAGCAGUUGCAAACCAGAUGGAUCAACGCAGUGCUUGGUAGGCUGUUCCUUGCCUUGUACAAAACGCCAGAGAUGGAGGAAUUUGUACGGGGAAAGAUAACCAAGAAGAUCUCUCGGGUCAACAAACCCAACUUCAUCAGCAAGAUCGGCUUGCGGAAGAUCGAUAUGGGCGAAGGGGCCCCGUUUAUCACUAACCCAAGACUCAAGGAUCUUACCGUCGAUGGUAACUGCUGCGUCGAAACAGAUCUUCAAUAUACCGGCAACUUCCGGGUCGAAAUCUCCGCCACGGUGCGCAUCGACUUGGGACCCCGUUUCAAGGCUAGGGAAGUCGACAUCGUUCUGGCUAUAGUAUUGAAAAAGCUCGAGGGUCACCUGUUGCUUCGCUUCAAGCCCCCUCCCAGCAAUCGAAUGUGGAUGUCGUUCGAAAGUAUGCCGAACAUGGUGAUGGAUAUUGAGCCUGUUGUCAGCUCAAAGCAAAUAACGUACGGCAUUAUCCUCCGCACUAUCGAGAGCAGGAUCCGGGAGGUCAUUGCCGAAAGUGUUGUUUUACCGUUCUGGGAUGAUGUUCCCUUCCUCGACACCUUUUCUCAGCCGUUCCGUGGAGGAAUCUGGGAGCGAGAAAUCCCGAAACAUGACCCGAAUGCAGUUAUUCCAGACGAAUCUCAGAAGCAAGAAGGCAACAAGGAUGAAUCGUUGAACGUGCUCAAAUCGAAAGAUGACCGUACAAUGAGUAUGCCGGUACUCUCCGAACCUGUUCCUGCGGCUGUGAAAUCCCGCAAAAGCUCCAAGUCAUCUAUCCCGGAGGACCCAAAUAGCCCGACUGCAUCCUCGUCUGGUGUUGACAAGCUGGCUCCAUUGCCACGAGCGAUUCGGUCUCAGACGUUUUCCAACGCUGCUGAUCCCGUGGUUACGGCCGACAAUGCGAAAAUCGACAAAGUUAAUGACGGUAAGAGCGAGGAGAAGAGUAGCGCUACCAGUGCUAUGAUCGAGAUUUCCAACCGUUCUCCACCUAGUUCGCCAGACAAAACAGCCGCCAGUACCCCGGCUACGGAGAGUCUGGUUCCCCCGGAGGUGCCGUCGACUCUGCCCCCGAGUCGCGAACCAUCUAUUUUGGAGUCCCUCGAUGGUGUUGGCGAGCUUAGCAGUGAAUCGCGCCCUCCAUCUUCACAUCGACCAAACAGCUCGUCCGUCAACCUAACAAACGUUGCUCGCACCUCGACUACAUCAGUAGGAACUACCACGUCAAUAGGCAGCACGAAGACAAAACGACGCGGCACGUUCGAUAGCCUCACCAAAACCAUGACACCUUCUGAAGACAGUAAAUCGCAAGCCUCUAUCACAUUUGGGCAAGCGACUGCCGUGGCGAAGAAAUGGGGACUGAAUAUGCUUGGCAGAGGAGAGCAGAAUGCCGGACAGGAUGCCCCUCGGCCUGCCGGUACCCCAGAAGAGCCGAUUGGACGUGGCCAUCCUCUCCCUCCUCCGGGAACACCGCUUCCACACCCGGACAGGUAUGGUGGCUUCAAAAGGAACUCCGUUUCGACUAAACGGAAGCCCCUUCCACCUUCACUGCCGGAACGUGAGGGAAAUAAGAGACCGGUCCCAAAACCACCACUUCCCAGACGGAGGCCUGUGUCGAGCUCUGAGGAAUCUGUUGAUCAGUCGGAGGACUUGUUGGUGAUCGAAGCACCUCUUGAUUCGGGGCCGGACAGUCCGGCUGCUGACCUUGAUCCAAGCAAGGGGUUGUUGGGCCAGGGUGCAGAACAGGCUGUCGAAGAUGAGCCGUCCGAGUCUCCGGUUGAGAGCCAGGAUAUUCCCAGCCAGGCAAAUGAGAGUCCGAAGAGCCAGGAGGCUAGUCAAAAUACUCCACCUGCGGCUCGACCGUCUACACCUCAUGGGAUGGAGAUAUUAUCGGCGACGGAUGGCUUUUUCCCAUAG